GAUUUUCAAACUAUAAACAGACUGCACAAUCUAUGGUCAUAUUUUUCACAGCUGAAUAAUUUUUAAACUUCACAACUGGAGUAUCGGCAAGGUUUUCACUGGAAACUAAUCAACCACAAAAGUGUCAUAAACUGGCAGAAUGUACUGCUGAACACCAUGAGUAGACAAAAGUGAUACACUGAUCUGCAGAUUUCGUUAACUAGAUAAUACGAAACACUCGAGGGUCAUUUCAACUGGUUAGAACAUUUUAGCUCCGUGAACUGAAUUUUUCCAUAUGAACGCCACUGAUGACUUGGGGCUUCUCGUUGUCUGGUUCAUUAUCAUCUGGCUACAGGAUUCUUCAGAUCAGCCUGUAUCACUUCUCACUACUCAUGAUGUAAAGUAAUAUAUUUAUAAGGCUUUUUCCUAUAAUUCAGCACACUGCGAGUACAAUAGUAUUUUGGUCAAUCCUCUAAUCUGCAAAAAGCAUAAAAACAUUAGAAAAGUAAAUCACUAUAAUGUUUAUUUCAAAGAAAAAUAUGGCGUAUACACAAAUUUACAUUGAUCAAAUUGUCCUUCAAGGAGUGACUGUAAAAAGCUUUCAUAGCAUCUGCUAAGAUAAGCAGUCACAGUUCUUUAUUUUAUCAAAUUUGUAACCAAGAAGAUUAACUAAUUAUUUCAGCUGUGGCAAGGAUGGUCAAAAGCGUCAUUCCUCCUUCUGUAAAUCGCUAACAUAUCCUCUAAUUUGACACUGCAAAUUAUCGUGUGUUAAACUAACUUUUAGCAUGUUCCACAUUUACCUUCACAAAUGAAAUUUCUUUCGUGUCUAGUCAUUUAUUAUGCCUGUAGAGACAAAUGGAUUAUGAUAAAGCUUCAAUUAUAAUUCAAAUGAAGCACCAUUGAGCAGUCAUUUUCUUUUCGUGUAAAAUGCAUGAAUCGCUGCAUACAUGUGAUUUCUCAUAGUUAAAUGAAGUAUGUCAGAAGAUUCUGAAACAGUUUCACCGCUUUUCAUUUCAACCACUUUGUUUACCACUAUUCAUUAUGCGUUAUGAUAUCAAUGAAUUUACUGGCUGAGUUGUUAUAUCUGAAUAUUAUGACAGCCGUGGAAUUCAAUGUUUAAAUCCCAAAAUUUAGGGAGAAAUAUAACUAUAUAAGACUACAAAAUGUCAUCAUCAAGCUCAUAAUGGCUACAAAAACAUUGAAAAUAAAAAGAUACGUUGUCAAAGACGAUUUAAUUUUACUGGGUGAAAUAUAAAUUCUUGUUGAUAAGCUAAUUUUAACACUUAUCUACUACAAAAGAUUUUCAACUCAUAAGUCGAAUUAUUCAGAUGAUUAAUUAUCCAAGGCAUCAAGCAAAUGUGAUGAAGUUAAUGGGACAAGAAUUUUAGUUUCCUAAUAUUUUUCAAUUGAUCUACAGUUUCUAAAUAACCUUGAUAAAAAUAGCUAACUCUGUAGUUAGAAGAUGGUGCACACAAACUAUGAAAGUUUCGAUUGCAAAGAUAGACACUCUUAAGGAGUCAAGCUGGAGCUAUACACCUUCAACGAGUAUGUCUUUUAUUUGGAAGUUUAUGGGGGUUUCUUCAUUGAUUUCAAGUUGGUACUCAUCAGGUAAUGACGUCAGUCGGAGGAUAACUGAAGAGCCGAGAGCGCUGGAAAUCUGUCUCGUCCUGUUAUUGGAUUCUUCAGCAGUGAGCACCUAUGACCCUAUGGAGGAUCGCACCUACUGCCUUCAGUUCCUGCAUCCAGUACGUUAACAUAGAGUCGUUUGUUCGGAAUUCCAACUGGAUUGCUAAAUUUCGAGAAUAACUUUGUUUGUCCUUCACUUUAAGAUAGGACUGACUGAAAAGAGGAUUGUUCCAACCCAAGAAAUGUAUCAAAAUUGAACAUUAGACAGUUUUUAUUUUCAUCACUGAACCCAGUCUGUAGACUUUUAAAUCAGAGAUAGAAAUUAAUGGCUUGUGCGAAUUCGAAAAAUGUGUCAUCUCACCCAUGGUUUUUAUAUGAUGCUUUAACAUAACGUUUGCCACUUUGAAAAUCUCAGGAUGGGGAACAAAAGUAUGUUUUUGCUAAAAAUAUAACCAUGUUCACGAAUUUACGGGUGAAGUCCGUUGCAAUUCAUCAAGUCCAAGAAGAUCAAGAUACAGACCCGUUUCUGCUGACGAAAAAUGUUACACUGCAGAAGAAUACAGAUGUCAGAGAUUACUAUAAAGUAGGCGUAUACUUGGGGAGUGGAAAAUUCGGUGAAGUCAAGCGAUGUCAAGAAAUAAAAACUGGGCGGGAGUUCGCUGCAAAAUUUGUUCCAAUUGCCAGUAAAGAAGAUAUGGAUAGUGUGAUGAAUGAAAUUGCCAUUAUGAACACUUUGAGGCAUCCUAGAUUAAUUCAAUUAUAUGAUGCAUAUCAAAUCGAUGAAGAAGUUACACUUGUCUUGGAAUUGAUAACUGGCGGAGAAUUAUUUGAACGUAUUAUUGAUGAAUCAUUUGAUUUGAAUGAAUCCAGGUGUAUAAAAUUUAUGCAUGAAAUUCUUCAAGGUGUUGAAUAUAUGCAUUCCCAAAAUGUGAUACAUCUCGAUCUAAAGCCUGAAAAUAUUUUAUGUUUAUCAACAACAAGUUUCAAAACAAAAAUAAUUGACUUUGGACUGGCUAGAUUUUAUGAAAAUCAACAUCUCUGUGUCCUAUUUGGCACACCAGAAUUCGUCUCUCCUGAAGUUAUUUCAUAUGAACCGGUUUCACCAGCUGCUGAUAUGUGGUCACUUGGUGUAAUAUGCUACGUUAUGCUUUCUGGAUUAUCCCCAUUUAUGGGUGAAAGUCAAGGAGAAACAUUAGCUAAUAUUAUGCGAGUCAAAUACAACUUUGAUUAUCCAGAAUUUGCAGAAAUUUCUAAUGAUGCAAUGGAUUUUAUUAAGAAGCUUUUAGUGAAAGAUCCAAGAAAACGACUUACAGCAACCGAAUGUUUACAGCAUCAGUGGUUGAAGCAGAAGAAGAAAGCACUGAAACGUUCUGGGACUGUCAGCAAAAAGCGCCUAAAACACUUUGUUUAUCGGCGCAAAUGGCAAAAAGCUGUUAAUGCAAUUAUUGCUCUUCAGCGUAUGGGUGUAGUACUUCAACACUCACCAAUACUCCGUGCAAAACAAAAUAGUCAUUCUUUACAACAAACAGUUAAAAGAUCACUCGAAAAUGAAUCGAAGAAAUAUCCCCAGGUAACUGGAAGUAAACUACCAACGAGUAGUCCAUCGACAAUAAGUGGUAAAGAAAGUUCACCAGUUGAAGUUCCUAAAACGUCUACGGGUUUUUUUCGCAAAGGAAGUUUUUUUAAUAAAACACGGAAGAGUGAUACCAAUACUAUAGCUACUACCAAAACUGCUACAAGUAAUAAAAGUAAAGAUGGUGAGAAUCCUUCAUGUCCAUCUUCACCACACAAAAAUAAGUUAGGCCUAUCAUUUAAAACAAAACGUAAAGAAGGUGGUAAAGGUUUUCUGUUUCAGAGAAAUAAGUCAAAUCAACGAUCAAUGUCAUCAGAGAGCUCUUUAAAUAAACCUGAAAUCAGUGAACAAAACUCCAGGUCUUCAAUUAUUUCAGAGUCAAUCGGAUCAACUUCUAAGCUUCGAAAGGAUUCUUCUUCGUCAACUAAUAUUAAAAUGCCAAAAAAAGACAGUAUAUCACAGCGAAAUCAGUUUACACCUUUAACUAUGAAUGAUACAAAGUCAUCUUCAACACCGAAAUCCCCAUCACUCCCACCAGCACCAGUUUUUUCAAAAACUUCUUCUAGCCAGUUGUCUAGUAAAAAAUCUACAUUGAUUCCGGUUAGUGAGAAGGAUACAUCUUCAUCAACUGGUAUGAGUAACAAAACACCAACUGUAAUAGUUAAAACAGUACCUGGUACGACCAAAGACACUACUACAAAUAGUAGUUGUAUCAGUAGCAGCGGCAAUAAGGCAACAACCACUUCUACAACAGCAACUACUAAUAUACAUCUAAAUUUUAACCAAAAAACACCUUCAAAACCAAGGAAAGUAUUACCUAAUACAAAAUCAGAUAUAGCCGCUAAAAUUAAUUUCUUUACAAACUUGACUAAAGAGGAAAAAGUCAAAUGACGUUGUACAUUUCUUGUCAAUAUGUAAAUUGUUAUUUAAGAUUUCAUUCAAUUAUGCUUCUCCUAUUAUUGUUGUAUAGGUAACAAGAGUUGAAAUUUGCUUAUUUUAAACGAUAAAAAGUACUGACUUACAUCAUAUAAAUUCCAUUCAUUAUCUUAAAAGUUGAGUGAUCAACUAUAACCGUUUAGGAUAUAAAAAUAAUAAGGAGAUGACAUUGAUAUAACAUCAAAAUUAAACAAAUAUUGAAAAUCUAAUUUUUUUCUACAUAUCACUUUAAUUGUAAGUAUUACUAUCAAUCAGUGUUAUCACCAAUAUGUUGUUAUUUCUUUUUAAAGUUGAUCAAUGUUUCAUUGUUUGUUCAUUGUCCAUUGGUUAUUAUUACCAUCACUGGAUAUCAUAUAUUUGUCUCUUCAUUCAUUCGUAAGGUUAUUGUGCUUUCAUGUCUUUUUUUCUUCAUUAAUAUGCAUAAAACAUUAUCCCCAUGUACAAAACUAUAAUGUUCAACUGUCAACUGGUCAUCUGCUUUUUUUGCUUAAGACAUUUUCUUGAAAAAUAUCAUGAACAAUAAACCAGUCACUUCAUGACCGAUUUCAUCAACUUAAUGUUUCUGUUUUUAUUCAAAUCUGUUUUAUGAUUUUUUUUCUGCAUUUCAAUUUAUCCAUAAAGAUAAUAAAUAACC